UCUGACGUUUACCGCCAACUCCGCCCACCCGGGCGAAUUUCGGUCUGCGCCGGUCCUUAAAGAAAGUGCAUUCUGUACCCUGGAUGAUUCAACUUGUAAUCGCUGGGCAUCUUUUUGAGCUCCAACUUUAGCUGACCUUACUGCUUGACUGCGGCGUUGAACAAGUCACAGAAAUGUCUUCGGCACAGACAUUUUCAGACCCAAAUCAACACAAGCGUGUAACUUCUCAGUCCAACCCUGGAUUCCUGGAGCGAUUAAGUGAAACUGCGGGAGGAACAGUUGUCGGUGUCGGACUGUUUUUCCUCUCAUUCUAUGUUCUUUUUACCAACGAGGGACGUGCUCUGCAAACAGCAUCCUCCCUGAAUGAGGGUCUUUCUCAGGUUGUGUCGUUGGGGCCUUUCUCCAGCCUCGACCUGCAGAACAACAACCGCUUAGUUCAUCUGUCUGCACAGCUGCGCACCUCACAGCCCCUCCAUGACCCCAAUUACAGAGUGGUGGUGCAGGCAGUGAAGCUGAAGAGGCAGGUGGAGAUGUAUCAGUGGGUGGAGUACCAUGAGAGCAAGGACUACCAAGAGAACGGUGAGACCAAAACUGAGACGACGUACAACUACAACACAGAGUGGAAAUCGGAGUUGGUCAACAGUCGUCAUUUUGAUAAGGAAAUUGGUCACCAGAACCCAAGUGCCAUGGCGGUCGAGAGUGUCACAGUCUUGGCUCCUGAAGUCAGUGUUGGACCUUUCAGUCUGUCUAAUGGCCUCGUGGAGCAGAUAAAUAACUUCCAGACGCUGAGUCUAAGGGAUUUUUCUGCCUUUAACUUGGCCCCUUUUCUCACGGUUGAUGACGAUUAUUUCUAUCACACUCAAAACCCACGCAGGCCGGAGGUUGGGGAUGUGCGUGUGAGAUUCUCCUUUGCUGGACUGAGUGCUGAGACGUCUCCCCUCGGCCCGGCUCAAACUGUCAGCAUCAUAGCCAUGCAGAGAGGGGAGCAGCUGAUGCCUUUUAAAACCAAGUCAGGAGACAAACUGGAGAUCCUGUACCUGGAUGAGCUCUCUGCAGAGGAGGUUUUUGAGAAAGAACUCCAGUACAACAGUAUGAAGACAUGGGGACUCAGGGCUGCAGGCUGGGCCCUCAUGUUCCUCAGUAUUCAGCUGACCAUGCGCAUCAUCUACACACUGGUGGAUUGGGUUCCUAUUCUCAGAGAGCUCGUGUCCGUGGGGCUGAAGAUCUUCGCCCUGUGUGUCUCCUGCUCUCUGUCUCUUCUCACCAUUGGAGUAGGUUGGCUUUUUUACCGACCCUUAGUGGCCGUGGCUCUGGGAGCACUGGCUCUGCUGCCGUUGUUUCUCGCCCGCUCAGGACUUCCAGCCAAGAAGAAUAAUUGACUUAUAAACUGAUGAGCAUCGCAACAAUUCCUGAUGUCAGGCUGCAGCUUUUCAUCAGAGAAAUGAGACAGUGAUGUGCAGCUGUAUUUGUCCACAGCUUUGUUUCAACCAUAUGGGACUGGCUUUCUUGGGUAAAACAGACAUUCUAUGGAAUUGCAUGUGUUAUGAAGUUAAAGUGGGCAUCACUUUGACACUGUAGAUAUAUUUUUGGAUAAAAAGAAAUCACCACUGCUUAUGUCCCAUCAGACACAAGAGGAAGCUGGUGUUGUUGCCGAUGUGGCCUUUUAAAAAGUGAAUCGGCCAAUGACGAUCCCCACUGCGUCACAUUCUCAUCUUGUUAUUUUGUGGCUCACAAGGAACAAAAUAAGAUAAUUGUAGUCUCAUAUGACAGUUAAUAUAACUGGUCAAAUACUUUUCCUCCACAAAACGUACUCAGUUGCAAGUUUAUUAGGUACACCUGGCUAAAACAUGCAGUCCAAAACAACAGCCCUACAGUACAAUCUACCUUUAUGAAGGUUAGAAUGCUUAGCUUUUGUUGCAAUGGUUUUAGAGAGGUGGUGAUUCAACUUCAUGGUGAUUUUCCAGGGCUAUAGUUUGAGGUGCUGUUUAACUCUUAUUAUACUGAGAGGUGAUUAUAAUAUUUAUCAAUGUAAUGUGGGUAGACAAAAUAUUUCUUUCAGCAAAAACUGAACAUGAUAACCAUAAUGUUUAUUAUUUUUUAUUAGACAGCAUCAGUUAAAGCUAGGUGUGCCUAAUAAAUUAUAGUAAAACGAGUCAUCUUUUAUGUAUAAUAUUUUCUCCUUAUCUGCAACACUUGAGGAAACCGUGUUGCAUCUUGAAACAUUGCUCAUAUCCGGUAUGUGUGCAUUAAUUAAAAACAGAAAGACUUGAGGUGGUGUUGGAAAAUGGAUGUCAGCUAUUUGUUUGUCAAAAAUACCAAUCUUGCUAAAAUACCGAAGAGCAGAAUGUGCACUUUUGUUGUAUUGUUUAUAUGCAUGUAUGUUAAAUAAACGGCUGCCGACAAGUUGAGCCUCAACGCUGUUAGCUUAUCACAGAUGGGCAAGACAGAUAAGACGUGUCUAGCUCAGUAAAUAUCUUUAUAUCUGCUUUUUUUUUAAUGAAGCAAAAUCAUUUUUAACUUUCAAAAGGCAAUAUCGCCUUCAAACUCCUUCAUUCGUCAGGAUUUAUUGAUGAGAACCAAACAUGUGCUUGUAUAAAUCUAAAAUGCAGCUGUAGGCUAAUCCAGCACCCUGAACACAGCUCUGAAAUGCAGAUGUGUAGUUGAAAAGUUGUAUCCUCUGAAACGUUUUGUCUGACCCCUUCUUAAAAUCUUUAUUCCGUAUCCCAUCCUGACUACAACUCACUGAGAUAAGUGUCAUUCCGUGUUUAGCAAGUAAGUGAUGCAAAUUAUCAAGAUUCUUACAAAGUAAUUUAUUACACAAAACACUAAGUUUCCAUUUGCGUUUUAACAAAAUGAGUUUCCAGUCUCAUAUUGUGCACGUGAUCAUAAUGCACAUAGGAUUCGUAUAGGAAGCACACAAACAAAUUUUGACUUCAUGUGUGCGUCUGUCUGUUGAAAUAAUUAAAGGACUACGGGUCACAGUGUACAGGUACUUCGCCCUAGUUGGCCGUGGAAACAUUCCUCAGAUCAGCAGGCAGGGCUUAAGCACUUAACUGUAGUUGGCAGGUAUGACACAGCCGGUCCCAUCGCUGACCUCUUUGAUUACAUAGUACAUGUUGAUAAAGGAGGCUUCAUUAUGGCAAAUUUACUCAUGUUAA